AUGACGUUCUACCAACCGAUCGCGCAGUUUGCUGACGGGUCUAUCGCCGAGGUGACCUUCGAACACGGCAACCGCAUCUUCACGACCAACACCAACUCUGCCGACGUUGUCACCCGCUCGAUCAACGAAGCAGUCGCCAUUUACGGCCCCCCUCCUAUCUCCCGCGUGCACCAACCCGUCGGCCUCCACAUCCAGCGCUCCCUGCCCUACGGCGCAAUCGCGCUCCUCCAGCUCUUUGUCGGCAAACACUGCCUCCUCUACCAGCUGAUGCACCGCGACGCCUGGCCCCCUCGCAAUCUCUACACGUUUUUCAAGGACGAAAGGUUCUGCUUCACCGGCGCUAGCGCGGAGGAGGUCGUGCCUGCGCUGCAGAGGGAGUUCGGAUUCAAGGUGAGGGUUGCGCUGGACCUGGGGCACGUGGCGUCGAGGAGGCUGGGCCGGGAGGAUCUGCGCUGGGCUGGGCUGGAGCAGCUGGCGAUGGAGAUGAUGAGGAUUGAGAUGAUGAGGCCGGACGAAUUCCCGCAGAGUGCGUGGGGCCAGCGAGCGCUGCCCCUGCAGCUGGUCGCCUUCGCAUGCGCCAACUCCUUCAUCUCCUACGAGCUCAGCAGGAUUGUGUUCAAUCAUGGGCUCCUUCCGUUUCUUUAUCGCGGCUCUUGA